CACGUUCAUACACUGGAUUACUUCAAAACAACGGCCUCGCUCGGAUCCUCUCUCCUAUUUUCAACCUGGAUUUAAAUGCAACUCACUUAAAAUUAAUAGACACUUGUCCUUAUCAUAUUUCAACCUCCCAAGGCCUCCAUCUCUCCCUCCCUCGAUUGCACAUUCUAGUUUCUACAGCAUGCUUAAGGUCCCAGAGCAUCAGGUUGCAGGUCACCUAGCCAUUGAUGGAAAACUUGGUCCCCUCGUAGAUGAUUCAGGACGUUUCUACAAGCCUCUCCAGGGUGAUGGACGUGGUAACAAGGAGUUGGCUUUCUAUGAAUCUUUUUCUUCUGAUACACGGGUUCCAGAACACAUCCGCAAAUAUUUUCCUGUUUGCUAUGGCAGUCAACUUUUGGAAGCAUCAAACGGAUCUGGCUUGCUCCAUCACCUUGUUUUGCAAGAUAUAGUUUCAAGUCAUCGCAAUCCAUCCAUCAUGGAUGUUAAGAUUGGUUCCAGAACAUGGUACCCUGAAGCAUCUGACAACUACAUCCAGAAGUGCCUUGAGAAGGAUAGAAGAACCACCACUGUGUCCCUAGGCUUUAGAAUAGCUGGUUUGCAGCUAUAUGAGGGAAAGGAAUCAGGAUACUGGAGACCAGGAAGGAGGGCAGUCCAGAGUUUUACAGUGUAUAAUGUCAGAUCUAUUCUUAGAAGAUUUGUUUCAUCAAAUUCUUCCAUUGGUAAUGAGAGCUCUGAUUGUUCGUUUGCUCCUAGCAUAUAUGGUGGUUCAGCGGGGAUUUUGGAACAAUUAUUGGAGCUGAAAGCAUGGUUUGAGGAUCAAACGAUUUACCAUUUUCAUUCAUGUUCACUUCUCAUCUUGUUUGAUAAGGAAUCUGUUUCAAAGGGAAGUACUCCAGUUCCUGUAAUUAAACUCAUAGAUUUCGCUCAUGUUGUGGAAGGUAAAGGUGUUAUUGAUCAUAAUUUCUUGGGUGGACUCUGCUCUUUGAUAAAGUUUGUUUCCGAAGUUCUCUCUGAUUCAAAGGAAUCCUUAAUCAAAGAUUGUGUGGAAUCUGAGAAGCCAGGCAUUUGUACCGAUAAUGGAAAUUGCCAACAGAGUUAAAUUGGAAGGACACCGUUUCCAGAGUUCUUAGUUUGUUUUUUGCUCUGUUUUGAGUGUUGGUUUUUUUUACCCGGGAAAAUUGUGAUUUCUUUCUUUUUGGUUUAGAGAUCGAUAUUUAUGUUUCAAUAAAAAUUUUCAGAAAUGCAGAUCCCUUUCUCUUUAA